CACGAUGCACACCGCAUACACACUCAAAGUCAAGCCUUCCUUUAUCUCUUCCCCUUAAUACUUCUUGUAUAACUCCUGAUAUCAUUUAUGGCGGCAAAGCUAAUAUCCACCGGUUUCCGUCACACUUCUUUGCCGGAAAACUAUGUCCGGCCACUCAUCGACCGGCCACGUCUCACCGAAGUGUCUCAACUUGAAGACUUCCCUCUCAUCGAUCUCUCUUCCACAGAUCGAUCUCGGCUCGUUCAACAAAUCCACCAAGCUUGCGCUCGAUUUGGAUUUUUUCAGGUCAUAAAUCACGGAGUUAGCAAAGAAACAGUAGAUGCGAUGGUGAGUGUUGCGAAGGAAUUCUUUAGCAUGUCUAUGGAGGAAAAAAUGAAGUUAUACUCGGACGAUCCAACGAAGACAACGAGAUUAUCGACGAGCUUUAAUGUGAAGAAAGAAAAAGUCAACAAUUGGAGAGACUAUCUUAGACUCCAUUGUUAUCCUAUCCACAAAUAUGUCCAUGAGUGGCCUUCAAACCCUCCUUCGUUCAAGGAAAUUGUGAGUAAAUACAGUAGAGAAGUAAGAGAAGUGGGAUUUAGAGUAGAGGAAUUGAUAUCAGAGAGCUUAGGUUUAGAAAAAGAUUACAUGAAGAAAGUGCUUGGUGAACAAGGACAACACAUGGCAGUCAACUACUACCCUCCAUGUCCUGAGCCUGAGCUCACAUAUGGUUUACCUGCUCAUACCGACCCAAACGCCCUCACCAUUCUUCUCCAAGACACUACCGUUUGUGGUCUCCAGAUUUUAAUCGACGGUCACUGGUUCGCCGUUAAUCCUCGUCCUGAUGCUUUUGUCAUCAACAUUGGUGACCAGUUACAGGCAUUGAGUAAUGGAGUAUACAAAAGUGUUUGGCAUCGAGCUGUAACAAACACUGAAAAACCGAGACUAUCGGUUGCUUCAUUUCUGUGCCCAGCUGACUGUGCUGUCAUGAGCCCAGCUAAGCCCUUGUGGGAAGCUGAGGACGACGAGACGAAGCCAAUCUACAGGGACUUUACUUACGCAGAGUACUACAAGAAGUUUUGGAGUAGGAAUCUUGACCAAGAACAUUGCCUCGAGAACUUUCUAAACCACUAGAUACUAUGCAAUAUAUGUCUGUCUUUGUGUUUGUGUAGUAGGCAUAGAUAUACAUAUCUAUGUAGUAGCAUGGAUGUUCCAUACUUCCAUUGUAUCUAGUCUCCUACGUACCCUUAUUUCAUUCAAGACUAAUGAUGUAUAUCAAUAAUAAUUAUAAUAAUCAUUUAUCAGUUCUAGUCUACCUAGACCGGUAGAUGUAUUU